GCACUGGACGGUUUCCUGUUUGUUGUUAACAGUCAGGGGAAGGUGGAGUUUGUAUCCGAAAACAUCGCACAGUACCUCAAGUACAAUCCUUGUGAUGUUGUAGCCAAAAGUAUAUAUAAUAUCAUCCACGUAGGAGAUCACGCUCAGUUCAGCAGCAGUUUGCUGCCCAUGUCAGUAGGUGGCAGCUUGUCUUGGCCAAGAGAAGGAUCACUAGGCAACUGUAGCCGUACGUUCUACUGUAGAAUGCUGAUCAAACCUCCAGGUAGGUGGUGACGAAUCGAGUUUAACAGGAAAA